AUGGAAUCGAACAAUACCAACAAUAACAAUCUUAUGAUAAAUUUGAAUAAUGGUGGCGGUAGUGGUGGUGAGAAUGUAAAAGAUCAUGAUAUUAACAAUGAUAAAGAUAAAAAAGACUAUGACGAAAGUGUUGGUUUAAAUAAUAGUAAUAAUAGUAGUAAAGAGGUUGAGAAUGAUAUUGAUGAGAAUAAUAAUACUAUGAAAAUCAUAAAUGUUAGAGAUAGAAUCGAUUGUAUUAGAAGUGAGAUUGAGUUUUUGAAAGGAAUGUAUCAGGUGCAAUAUGAUAGUGUACAGAAGAAACAGUUUCAUUAUAGAUGUUUCAAAGAGAUAUCUGAGAAUCUUACGGUUAAAUUGAAUCAAUCCAAUACAAACUUGGCUGAAUACCAAUUGAAGAUACAACUACAACAGUUAACCAUUUCGAAAAGAAAUCAAAAGAUCUAUCUUUUAGAUUUAGAAAAGAAAAAGACUAUUAAACAGAUUAUCAAGUUAAAUAAUAUACUAACAAGAUUACUGCAGCAAUUCGAGCAAGAAAGGAUUAUAUAUCAAGAAGAAGAGCAAAUGAUGAAUGAUUCAAAAGAUGAAGUAUAUACAUUGAUUUCAAAGUCAUUAUCAAGUAUCACACAACAAAAAGAAUAUAUAUUAAAUGUAAUGAAAGGAUAUGAGAAUGAAUAUAAAACAACAGAACCAACAACAACAUCGACAUCGACAAUGAAUGAAUCACAAAGUAGUACAAAUGAAUUAUUAGAUGAAAAAGAUAGAGUACUCAGUGACUACAUAGAGAGAAACGAGAAUCUUGUCAAUAGAAUCAAUGAAUUACAGUCGAACCAUCAGGUGAAUCAUGCUUCACUAGAAUCACUCAAAUCAGAAAAAUUGAAAUUAGAAGUGCGAUUGUCAGAUUUGAAUAAACAAUUUAUUAAUAAUCAAAUUAAUAAAUUUUCGAAUGGCAAAGAUAAACUUGUAUUUAGAUCAAUAAAAAGAGAUAAUUAUAAUAACAUUUUAAACAGUGAUACAUUCAAUGAUUUGAAUGAUGAUACUAGUACUUUUAAAAUUUGGUCCGACACCAUAGAAGCAGUGAUAUGGGUGUUGGAUUCCGGUGACGGAAGUUGUCCGCCACCCUCUGGCGCAGCACCGUGGUGCAACACCUACAUCACUGAGAGUCAAGUGCAAUGGUAUGUCGACACUGCCAAACAGCUAUACUCUCAACAACCAGCCGGUGGUGGUAAUAUAACAUGGGCAGCAGCCUACUUUCAUAUUCCUCUGCAAGAGUAUGUCGAUCUCUAUAAUAACUAUGUCACCUACGGAUGGAACAACGACUCGGUUGCCUGUCAGCCAGAGAAUGCCGGACUACUCCAGGCGUUCCAAACGAUUGGCGACGUUAAGUUUAUGAGUGUUGGACAUAAUCAUGGCAACGACUUUUGCGGAACCUACGAACCAUCGGGAAUCGAGAUGUGUUUCGGUCGUCACAGUGGAUACGGUGGUUAUGGCACCUGGGAAAGAGGUGCCAGAGUGUUAGAGAUCAAUCGCUCCAAAGGUCAGCCAGUCACCUACAACACAUGGAUCACCUAUGAAACCGGUGAACGUCAAUAUCAUCAACCCAUUCAUCAACCCUAUCCGAUCAAUCCCAAAACAUCAUGUACAACAUAA